UAACGUGAAUAACGUGAAUAACGUGUAACGAAUAGCGAACAAAUAGUAGUAGAAGAAGUCGUGCGCUUUCGGUAUAAAUUGUAAUAUUUUAUUAGAAAUGCAUUGGCUGAAAUUCAAGGCUGCGACUAGAACUAGCUCCAGUUGGCGCUUCCGCACAACCAACGAUACGGCAAGGACUUCCACAAUGCACAUAACAACUUCCUCCUCGAAAGGCAUCUGGCAGCGCCAUUUGGCGCUAUUCACACUGCUUCUACUCGCAGCGCACAUCAAUAUUACUUCUGGUCAAAUCGAUUGGGACGACGACGAUGAUCCAGUUAGCACUGUUGCCGUAGAAGCCGUGCUGGGACGCACCGCAUCCUUGCCGUGUGACAUUGAGCCGGAGGCAAAGGACGAUCGAGUCUAUAUGGUCCUGUGGUUCCGUGAGAGUGCAGGCAAACCACUUUACAGCUUCGAUGUGCGUGGUCGAUCUUUCGAGAAGGCACUCUACUGGUCGGAUACCAACUCGUUUGGGCCACGUGCUUAUUUUGUUACCGGACAGCAGCCAGCGAAAUUGUCUGUGGAAAAUAUACAGCUGGAUGAUGAGGGUGUUUAUCGCUGCCGCGUGGACUUUCAGAACUCGCCAACGCGCAAUCAUAGAAUUAAUUUAACGGUUAUUGUUCCUCCGCAUCAAAUACUCGUGUACGAUGCCUCGGGCCGAGAUGUGGCUGGUGCUGUGGGUCCAUUGCUUGAGGGCGAUAAUAUUGUGUUGACAUGUGAAGUGCGUGGCGGACGGCCUGAGCCUACUGUCACAUGGCUGAACGGUUCGAGAACGCUGGAGGCUGGCAGCGGCAUAUCGAUGGGCCGUCAUGUAACUGUUAAUCGACUCGAGGUGCCGCAAAUAACGCGUGCAGCACUCAACAACACCUAUCGCUGUCAGGCGUCCAACACGAAGCUGGUGGCACCUGUGGAGCGUAGCAUACGCAUCGAGAUGUUAUUGAAGCCCACAUCGGUCAAUUUGACGAACAAGUUGAAGGUGUUCUCAUCGAGCACACAAUAUAAUCUGACAUGUAUUGUGGCCGGCUCGGUGCCAGAUACUGAAAUCAGAUGGACACAAAAUAAUCGACCCUUCAAGCGUGGCACGCUGUCGACGAGCCAGGGCAAUGGACGCGUCCUAUCCACUUUGUCAUUUUAUCCACAACCUGAAGACGAUGGCACUAUGCUCAAAUGUGAGGGCUCAAAUCCUCGACUACAAAAUUCAGCCAUCGAGGACUCGCUCAUGCUGAAUGUCAUGUAUCCGCCACAGGUCACCCUGUCGCUGGGCUCGACGCUGCGGCCAGACGACAUUAAGGAGGGCGACGACGUCUACUUUGAGUGUCACAUCAAGGCGAAUCCCAAGGAGCAUCGCAUCACCUGGUCGCACGAUGGUCUGCCCGUGACACAGAAUGUAUCCUGGGGCAUCAUCAUCUCCACACGCAGCCUGGUACUGCAGCGCGUGGGACGCGUUCACUCCGGCUACUACGCCUGCUCGGCGGCCAAUGAUCGCGGCGAGACGCAGAGCGCGCUGGUCAACCUACGAAUACGCUAUGCGCCCGUUUGCAGCAGCAGUACGAUUGGCGUUGUUGGCGCCUCCUUGGAGGAGGCGGUGCCCAUACCCUGCCGCGUCAACUCCGAUCCGCCAGAAAUCGAUUUCGAGUGGACCUUCUCAAGCAGCGGCGAGCACUUUGAGGUGCCAUCGGGCCACUAUGCAACCAUACAGGAUCCGACCAUGACCACCAGCAGCGAUGUGCGACACACCGUUGUUGAGUCCAAUGAAACUCACUUUGAGAGCUAUGUGGAAACAGUUAGUGAGCUGAUCUAUACGCCCAAGGGCGAGCGAGACUACGGCACGCUGGCUUGCUGGGGCCGCAAUGCGAUUGGCAAACAGUCGGAGCCCUGUCUGUUUCAGGUUGUGCCGGCGGCCAAGCCGGGCGCACUGCGCAAUUGUACGCUGCGUCCGUAUGUGGUGACCUCUGCGUCUCUCAAUUCAUCGAAUCAAACGACAAUGCACGGCAAUCAAAUGCUGCAAACACAAUACGGCAGACACGAUGCGAAUUAUCCGCACAUGGAAUACGUACGUGAGCGCAAUGGCAACAGCAAUAAUGGGCGGAACAAUGCGGCUGCAUCAGCUGCCAAUAAUAAAAAUAUGAAAGCCAGAAGCAAAAUAAAUGCUGGCCAUGUUAAAUCUAAUAAUAAGCAACAACAGCAGCAGCAGCAGCAGCAGCAAAGAUACAGCCUGAGUCCGCAACAAUUGCAGCGUCUAAGAAAGCGCACAUCAUUUACACCGUCGCAGACAUUGGCAGCCAUUGAGCGUGGCAAGCAGCAACAACAGUUGCUGCUGGCCAAGGCAGCAGCCACGCCCUCGGUCGCCCACAUCAAUAACAAAACUGAUGGAUUACUGGCCAAGAAGCAGCAACAGCAGCAGCAGCAGCCAAAGCAGUCAAAGUUGCCACAGGACACAAAGCGGCGUGUGCGGCGCGCUGCAAAGCUGCUUAAGACAGCAGCAGCAGCAGCAGCAACAACAACAAAAGCAAAGAAAAAGCUGCAACGUGCAACAAAAUCAAAUUUAUCAUUGUCACAUAUAAAACAGGCUGAAAUAGUUGCUGGCUCGAAUGUCAAAAACAACAACGGGGAACUGCCAGCAAAGUAUUUUAAUAAGCGACAGAAAAACAUGCACAAACAGCAACAACGACAGCAGCGGCAGCAACAAGGACUAAGCAGCGAGGUAAACGAGCACAACAUAAUCCAUCAUUUUGCAGCAGCCAGGCGAAGCAAACGUCAAGCAGCAAAUGACAUUACAGCAGCAGCAGCAGUCGCAGCGGCAGCAGCACAAGCAGCGGCAACAGCAGCAGGCACAACAACAACCAGCAAGAAUGAGAAUGAUGCCAGCAGCAGCAGCAGCAGCAGCAGCAGCGGCAGCAGCAGCGACAUUGACGCAAUGCUAGCAACAAUGCGAGCACGCAAAUCUUUGGAGGCGAUUGGCAAUGAGAAAGUCAAGAGCAGAUUGCUGCCACCAAAUGCGCCACAAAUUAGCAACAAGCCGGCGGCAGCCGCGCAACAAAUGGCAGCAGCAAUUAGUAGCAACAAUAAGCAAGCAACAGCAGCAGCGGCAGCCGCAGCAACAGCAACAGUUGCAGUUGCUACAGCUGGGAAAGAUGUAGUCAAGACGAAAGUAGACAAAGAUAAUGUGCCUUUGUCCACAGAUCAGGCAAGAGUCGAGCUGGCGGAUAACAACGACAACGUCGACAAUGAUGAGAACAAUGACGAAGGCGAGGGCGAUGGCGAUGACGAUGACGGUGACAUUGCGGUUGCUGAAGAAGAUGUUGGCGAGCUGCAGACAGAAGUCGACGAGGAUGACGACGACGAUGACGGCGAUGGCGAUGGCGAUGGCAACGACGACGGCGACGACGACUACAUUGCAGAUGAGCCCAGUGACUUGGUGGACUAUGAAGCAGGCGCAGCAGCACAACAAAAGCAACAGCAGCAGCAACCGCAACGACAGAGACAGAGACAGAGACAGCGACAGCGACAGCAUGUUGAUAUUUCAAGCCUGGAGCAUCAACUGGACUUGGAAUCAUUAGAGGAUGAUGUUGCGGAUGCGGAUGCGGAUGCUGAUGUCGAUGUCGAUGAUGAUAUCUACAAUGUUAGCGAUGAUGAUUUUGUGGCCAGCAUAGCGCUGUCUACAGCAGAAGCAACAACAACAGCAGCAACAACAACAACAACAACAACAACACGACCACAGCAACCAAUGCAGCAACAAGAGCAACCAGCUGAAUGGCAGCAACCUCAUUUCGAUUACUCACGCAUGGAAUAUAGUUUCAGCAACGGCGUUGUCACACAGAGCCUGAUUGGAGGCGGCGCCAAUGGCUACGAUGGCAAUUCGGCUGCUGCCACUAGUGGCGCUGCUGGUGGUGGCGCCACCAUCAAUUUUGACAACUAUGACAACAUAAUAUACUCGACCAUGGAGCUGGAGUGUAUGCCUGGCUACGACGGCGGACUGCAGCAGCAGUUCUACCUGGAGGCCUACGACUCAAAGACCAAAAAGCUAAGAUUGAACAUGAGCAGCACCUAUGUGGAUGUGCCAGUGUUUCGCAUCGAUCUCUCUGAUCUUACGCCCAUGGACUACUAUCCGGACUCGCAUCCAGCGCUGCAUUUGGUCGUCUACAGUGUUAACCAGAAGGGACGCUCCGAGCCGAUUGUCCUCGAGAAUGUGCCCAUCAAUGAGGCGGACAAGCGUUCAGAUGGACGCAUGGGUCUAUCCAUACUGCCGCUGGCUGCGCUGCUCACAGGCACACUCUUCACCGUGGGCAUAGCCGUGUUGUUUGUGGUCGUCAUAGCGGUGCGUCGGCGCCGCUGCCAGGGAGCACGCAAUUUGUGCGAUGACAAGGACAAGCAUUUGGGUAUGGACGUGACGGUCACUGCGCCGCUGGAGACAGGCGCCGGGCAUCAGCGCCUGGUUGUGGCCUACACGCUGAAGCAGGGCAUCGAGAAGCAGCCGGACAUACUGAGUGCACAAAAAAGCGCAACUGGCAGUGACACAUCGUCGCCGCUGGGAAAUCGACAGAGUGGUUUAUUUAUGGGCGGCAGCAAUGGCGCCGCGCCCAGCGGCACAGCGAAUCAUAAAACUGCGGAAUAUGAUGUGAAUGUGCCGCACCUGAAUAGCCCGCCCUCGCAGUCCAGCACUCUGAAACUGGAAAGUGAGAAUGCAGCGAAAAACUAUCAGCCGCCAGGUGCAGCGGCUGCUCCGCUACUGUACGAUGCCAUGCCGACGCUUAGCCGCUACGAGCAGCUGGGCCUGAAUAUGGGCAGCUAUGCUGGAGGCGGAGGUGGCAGCAACAGCACACUCAGCUCCGCCGGCAGCGUGGCCAACUCCACGAGCAAUGCGCACGGCAAUGGCAGCAGCAGCAGCGGUGGCCAUUAUGGUGUCCAGCAUUUGCAUCACACUCUGCCCCAUGGCAUGGCCUCGGGCAGCUUGCCACGCGGACGGGAUCCGCUAACCUUGGCGGAUUACCUCACCACCAGCAGCCUGAUUGACUAUAAUCUGAGCAAGGCGGCAGCCACAGCCGCGCCGAUGGGCACGCAUAUGACGCUGCCCAAAGGCUUGGCCGGCACAAGUCUCUCGCCAUCGCAGCUGACCACCAUUACACAGAAAUCGAAUGCUGGACGCAAUCACAUCAUCACGGACACACUGCCCGGCCCGGAGAGCUGCGUCUAAGCUGCGACCAUCGAACUAUCCUGGCAUCAAACUAAAGACUGGCGCACAACCGAAAUAGAGAUUCAAGAGAAACAGAAACAGAAACAGAAACAGAAAUCGAAUAGAAAAGCAGUAAUUGAAGUAGUUGAAUGAGAAAUACGUAUAGUAAAUAUAUAUAUAUAGAGCU